UUUAUCUUAGUAGUGGUGAUGUUCCAAAAAGACAAUUUAAAGAUUUAAAUUUAACACUUUUACAAGCUAAUAUUCAAACACAUACUAUGGAAAUCGAAAAUGUAGAUGAAAAAGAAGAAUCUCGUGCAUUUUUUUAUCGAAAAUUAUUAGAAAAUGCUAAAGUAUAUAUAAAAGAAAUCGAUAGAAGAGAUUCAAGAAGUAAAAGUAUAAGUGAUUUAUCAAUAUCAUAUGAUGAAUGUCGAUCAUUAACUCCAUCAACAAUAUCAAUUCAUAAUGAAGAUAUGAAUCAAGAAUUUUUAUCAGCUCGUCAACACUGUCAUCAACGUCUUAUGAGUUGUUCAAGAAAAAAACUUUCUCUAUUAUCAAUAUACGAUAAACAUGAUAAACAAUAUUCCAAAUUUCAAAAAUUUCUCGAUGAUUUAGAUUCUAAACGACGUACAAGUAUUCGUCGAUAUCAAAUUGAAUUAAAAGAUUAUCUUUUAAAAAGACUUGAAGCUGAUCAACUUAAACAAGAAGUUAAUAUACUUAAUAAAAAAGUUCGUGAAUUUGAUGAAGAAAGACAACAUUAUUUACAUAUUGUUAAUCUUAUUGAAAAAACUAUUCGAUUAUUUCCAUCUGGUUUAUUACAAAAAGAGUCUAGUGGUGUUAAAAGUUUAAUAUCAAGAUAUGAAACAUUAAAUGAAUCAAGAAAAAAAUUCGAAAAAAGAGAUUAUCAAAAAGAGAAAAUCAAAUGUCAAAAAGAAUUUUCUCAAUUUCUUAUUGACCAUAAUAUUCGUACAGCAAAAUUAAGUACACAUGUUGCACAAUUAUAUGAUAAAUUAGAAGAUCUUGAAAAAGAAUCAAUUAAUUUAGAACAAAAACUUAUUAAUCAAAUGGAUUUACAAAGAUCGAGAACAACAAUUAUAAGUCAAGUUGAAGCAUGUAUUAAUUAUCUUUUUGAACAUUAUCGACUUUCUCAUCAAACAAAAUUAACAGAAGAUUAUACUUUUUCACAAAAAUUAAAAACUGUUCAGGAUUUUAUUUUGUAUCGAAUGGAUCUUGUUCAAAGAGGUAAACAAAUACUCAAUUAA